CAGCUGUCAAAAUCAUAAAGCAAAGAGGAAAACGACUAUGUAAUUUCAUGACACUGACCCCUCAUAUAGUGAGAGUGCCUUUUUGUUUAUGCUGGGAGAAGCUAGUCCAGGGAUGGAGGAUUUCAGACGGACUUAUCUGCGCCUCUGUAAGGAGGGAGGCAUGGAACCACAGGAGACUGUGCUGGCCCAGCUGCAGGAAGCACGGGCCCUCUCAGGCAGUACUCGGCUAGACCUGAGUGGGAACAGUCUUUCUGUGGACACCUGCUCUGUGUUGGGUAGAGUCUUACAUAAAGACACACAUUUCACAGAGGUCAUCCUCAGUGACUGUAUGCUGAGUGAGGAGGGUGCCAAGCUUCUUCUGAAUGGGCUGUGUUCCAACACCACAGUGAAAGUACUGGAUCUGAAAGGAAACAACCUGAGAGGAACUGGAGCAGAGUCUCUGGGAAAAUUGUUGGUACGGAACAAGACACUGCGGAGGUUGGUGCUGGAGUGGAAUGCCCUGGGCAUUUGGGAUGAAGCCUUUACCAUUUUCUGUGAAGGUUUAGCCUCCAAUAACUGCCUUACCCAGCUUGACCUGCGCAACAACCAGAUCAACCACCAGGGAGCAGCAGAACUUGCACUAGCACUGAAAAGAAAUGGAACUCUGCAAGAACUUGAUCUCAGGUGGAAUAACAUUGGGCUGCUGGGGGGGCGUUCAUUCCUGGAGGCUCUGCAGCAGAACCGGACACUGGUGCAGCUGGAGAUGGCUGGGAACAAUAUCCCUAGUGACACACUCAAAGCCAUUGAGCAGGCCAUGAACCAUAACUCAGACCGUCAGUCCGCUCUGAGGGAGAGCCGCUCCAGGACUCAGGUUCUCAGUAAAGAGAUUCAGAUCCUGAAGGAAGAGAAAGGCCGUCAGUUCCUAAGUCUGAUGGAAACCAUUGACAAGCAGAGGGAUGAGAUGGGACGAAGCAGCAGAAACUCCUCAGUACGUCUUGGGCAGUUACAAGAGGCACUGACUGAAAGAAAAUCAGCAGUGAAUUCUCUCACAGCAAAGUUGCAGAUGACGGAGGCCGCUCUGGCCAUGUCUGAACAGAAGGUCCAUAACCUGGGCGAGCUCCUGACCAGAGAAAAGAUGGAGAAGACUGAGUUGAAGGAGAGGCAGACCAGAGAGAUGAAGAAAGAGCAGGAGGAGAGCGUUCUACGUGAGGGCAAGCUACUGAGAGAAGUGAAUAGUUUGUCAGAGAAGAACCAUCAGCUGAAGAGUAAGCUGGAAGAAGCUGAACGCAGGUGUAAAGCUCAGCAGCAGCAGAUAUUUGAGCUGAAACAAGAGCUGACCAACAGCACUGCUGAGUUAAAGCUGCGUCUCGCCCAGGCUGAAGAGCGCUUGGACAUGGAAAAGAGGCGGUCUAAACAGGCACUUGAGGACAUGGAUAAUCUACGACAGAAGGAGGUGGAUCAUGUUAAUCGCCACUUGGAAGAGACAGAAAGAGCUCUUCAAGAUCGUAUCCUCAAACUCGAGGGACAGCGGAUUCAGCUAGAGGAGGAGCUGAGCAGAGUGAAGGCGGCGAGUGUGGCAGAAAGAGCUCAGGCAGAGGAGGAACUUGGGAAAGUGCGUGCGCAGGUUCGCCUUGAAGAGCAACAGCAUCUGAGCAGUAUGGAGGAGAAGCUACGGGCAGUCCGACAGUCUCGAGAUGAAUCACAGAACCACUGCACCCAGCAGAAACAAACCAUAGCUGAGCUGCAAGCCAGGGUGGGGCAGCAGACCAUAGAGAUGGACGCACUACGCCGCAGGAUAGAGGAACUGCAGCAGGAACUGUCAGGGAAGGAGCAGGAGAAGGUGGCGGAGGUGACACGUGUGCGGGUGGAGCUGCAGGAGCAGAUCGGUCACCUGCAGGCCGAGAGGACGGCCCAGGGCGGCCUGAGGGAGAAGAUCGCCGCUCUGGAGAGAGAGAUGAAAGUGCUGAGUAAUAACCAUCGUGAGGCUCUGCUGGAUAAGGAGAGUGAGAUCUCUUCUCUGCUGGAGCGUCUGCGUCUGCGAGAGAGUGAGAUCCAGCGUAUGCGCGAGGACGAGGCCCAGAGGGCCAGCUUCUUGCAGAAUGCCAUCCUCACCUACGUCCAGGGCUCCUCGCUCGCCCACUUCAGCCCCAAAAAGUGAUGUCCCGCCCCCACGGCCGUCCCACAGUGACCUCAUGAGCACUCCAACCCACAGGAAAGGAGGGAAAAGAAGUGCC